ACACUGACGAACGAUUCAUUGCGAGGUUGUUUUGAUUACGCUUUCCGUACGAUGUUUAGGUUUAUCACGUCGUUUGAUAACUUCUAUAAACCUAGCUAGACGGUCAUCAAUGAUAUCAGUCUUAAGGAAAUACUGAACAGAAACGGACCUUUGAGCAGAACAUUUAUUUGAAUUACAAAAUGAGCAAAAUCAAGCCCAACCCCGCAAAAAUGCUGCUGCGCGACGAAAUCGCUACUCGCAUCGCCAGCCUCUCGACUGAAGAAAAGAAGAGACAGUCCAAAAUUGUCUAUGAUAAAUUAAUCAACCACCCGUACUACAAGUCAUCCAAACGGAUCUCUCUCUUCAUGAGCACCGACCAGGAGAUUGAUACAGCACCCAUCAUCGACCACAUCAGGGGCAGAGGAGCUGCUGCCUUCAUCCCCCAGUACGCUGGUGGGGUGAUGAAGAUGCUGCGAAUGGAGACAGGGGACGAGCAGUCCAUGCCUCUGACCAGACACGGGAUACAGCAGCAUGGAAAGGAUCAACCCAGAGAUGACGCUUUGGAAACAGGUGGUCUGGACCUAGUGAUCACACCAGGCGUAGCGUUCUCCCGUUCAGGAGAGAGGCUCGGUCAUGGCGGUGGAUACUACGACAAGUUCCUCACUGGUCUGCGAAGCCACCCUGAAACUGCACCCAAGGUAAAAUAAGCUUUAAAUAUUAGAAGAUAAAAGAUACU